UUCCUCUUCCUUCAUCUACCCAAACAAGCGGCGGUAAGCCGGCGGUUCUACUUGACCAUAGGCCUAGACAGAGGAUCACAGGCGUUGCUGCGCCGUUGCAACUUUCUUCUAACCUUAUCUUCUUUGCUUUGUUUUUCCACCUGACGUGACUCAGCCGUUGCCCGUUCAUCUCUUAUUACUUCCCAAUUACUUUUAACGAAUGGCCUCCAAGGGAAAACAAGAAGUCAAUUCUGCUCGAAUUCGACUUGAUGCAACCCUACAGCACUUGGUGGAUAGAAAAGAAGAUGGCCAAUCUCAGAGUGAAGGAGAAGGGAGUAUGCCCCUUCCAGAUUCUAGAAUUUCAGCUUCUCCAAAGAAGUCAGCCUCAAAACCAAACAGGAAAAGGAAAAGGAGAGAUGACUCGGGGGAAUAUGAUGGUAUAGGUGAACAGCAGACUGUGAUAAUGAAGCUGUUUGACCGUAGUGUGGACUUGGCUCAGUUCCCAGAGAGCAGUCCGCUUUAUCCAGUGUGCAGAGCUUGGAUUCAUAACAGACCUCAUGACAAAAGCCUUGGCACUUUAGCUGAUAGGGCGUCGUCCCCAGAUGUGAAAGUAAAAGAAGAAGAGAGGAGUGAUAGUUAUUCCGAUGUGUAUGAAUUGCCACUGCCCAUAAAGUCGGAAGAUGGCUGUUUGUAUGAUCUGCGUGUACCCGAAGCUGUUCCCCAGCCAGACGAAAGAUUAAACAUACAUGCUGAUCCCCUGUCUGCACCUCCAGCAGAACAUCUUUUGCUCAAUCAUAUGGCCAGGUGGAAGGAAGUGAGGAACAGGUGGCAUGAAGCAAGCGUGAUGAAUGAAAUGCAGUAUGCCAGCAGUAUCCAGGUGCUGAAAGAAAUGUUUGAGAGGAACAUGGCAGACAGUAUGUGAUGAAUGGAUGCUAGUCUUCUAGUGCAAUUUCCUCACUGUUGUAGGAAUAAUGAGUAAUUCUGUUGCUUCUUCCUUUCAGUAUGAGUAAAAGAAGUGGAGUUACUCAGUUUCAUUGCUACGCGGAAGAUACAUUGUCUUAUGGCAAACAGUUUGUGACAGAUAGAUGCUAGCGUUUGUUAUAAAAAUAUGUUGUUUCUUUGCUGAAAGUCUGUGAUGGAUAGAUGUGGCAAUAUGUUUUUUCUUUGCACAAACUGACGUAUUGGAUGAAUGCUAAUGUUUUGCCUGUAUGGUAUAUUGUUUCAUGGCAGGCGAUAUUGAUGAAGGCAAGGUUUUGCUGUACUGUAUAUUUUGAUAUAAGAAACAGUAGUGUAUGGUUGGUGGAUGCAAGUGGUAUAUUAUCUGCAAGCUGUUCAAAUGUUCUAAGGUCAGAAAGAAACAUUUCUCAGCAGGAGAGGGAAUAAAAGUUGAGUUUUUCUUUAAAAUUUCACCUUCAUUAUGUAUCUCUUGUAUAUUAUUAUUAUUUUUUCAAUGUUUAGAAUUUGAUUUGCCACAAAAUAUUUAAUGAGCAAUUGCAACUGAUACCACAGAUUAAGAAACGGAAAUAAAACGAUAUUUCAAAAUUUUGGGCUUAGUAGGCCUACAUUUGAUUUGAACAGCUGGCUGACGAUAUACAUUUCUUUUAGCCCCUUCAAUGCCACAUUGACAUACCUGGUACGGGACUUCUUGGAAGUGCGCAAUUUUCCAGAUCUUAACAACAUGGAAUGCAAGACCCAUCUUGUAGAAAUGGUAAAAGUAUCGGGUACUAGAAUGGUCCUACAUUAGAAGAAAUGAACCCAACUUUUGGAGCAAACUGAUCAACAGGAAAUGGAUGUAGAAAUCAGAAAUUAAAAAAAUGGAAGUGGAUUGGACAUGCCUUUGAGAAAACAUUACCCACCAAGCCUUAUGACGGAAUCCACAAGGAAAGACAGAGAAGAAGGCCUUAAAGUUCUGGGAAGAGGGACUUGCAUUUGUAGAUUUGGACCUAAAGAAGAUGAGAUAUAACUGGACAGAGGUGGAGACUAUAGGCCAGGACAGAAGUAGAUAGCAAACUUUUGUUGGUGGUCUAUAUUCUGGCAUGAGAAAGGAUGAUGUUAACUUGAGCAUGCAUAUGAGGGAAUGUGUUCUUUUGAGAGAGGGUUAGGGACAGAGUGAGAGAGUGCAUUUAUUUGUGCACCAUGUCGCAAAAUAUUUCUCCACAAAUCAUUUUGACCGCCGGUAAUAGAUUUUCUUUUUAAAAGCAUAUUGUUAUUUAACUGUUUGAUUUUUUGUCAGGGCAAUACUAUUGCUGCUACCAUGCUAUAAAAGUGUAAGCUAUUAUCAGAAUUGCAGUAGAGAAAUGUCGCAGCAAAUUUGCCAAGUUUAAUUUUAGGCUUUUCUGACUUUGAGAUUUUCCUGUAGUUGACAUUUCGUCAUCUCAGAACUAUUUUGUCCAAAGUGGACUCAACUACAGAGUGCAGUUUGGACAAAAUAGUUCUGAGGUGAUGAAUUAUCUAGUAAAUUAGUGGACUUUUGAAGCACAUAAUAAAAAAAACCGAUACCAAACCAAGAGGCUGUCACCAUGAUUUUAUGCCCAAAAAAAUUCUGAAAUUAUGCAAACUGAGCCCAAAAAUGUGAAAUAUGCGAUUCUGUUAAUUUUAACAAAGAGUAAUAAAGGAAUACAAUCAGAAAUUGUGCAAAAAAUGAUCAAAUUUUGCUAAAUUAUGCAGGGCGCAUAAAACCACGGAGACAGAAGAAGCUAACUCGUAGGAGUUGAAUUAUGUCUCUUAAAAUCCGCCCAAGAAAACGCUUCAUAAUUUCCAGACGAACAUCAUGUAUGUUAAUUUUUUUAUUUAAUGUAAAAAAAUCUUGUCAAGCGGGGUUAUUAUUUUUCUCUUUGUGUUGUUCAUCAUGGAUGGAGCGAAAGAAGAUUCUUUUAUGAAAUAACUCAUGUGUGUGUGUGUUGAAGUGCCUGUAAAUGUUUGAAGGAAUGUGAAAGUGAUGAGAAAGUUAGGAGGGGGAUUUUAUGGGGAUCGUGAAAGUUUGAGAGGUGAUCUGAUGUGUGUGUUGAAGUGCCUGUAAAUGUUUGAAGGAAUGUGAAAGUGAUGAGAAAGUUAGGAGGGGGAUUUUAUGGGGAUCGUGAAAGUUUGAGAGGUGAUCUGAUGUGUGUGUUGAAGUGCCUGUAAAUGUUUGAAGGAUGAGAAUUCAGUCCUGUCUGAAGCAAUUAAAUUUAUUUUGGAUUACUUU